GGGGUUGCGGGUAGGCGGAUAGGCCGGAGUAAAGCGCCUGCUCCGGUGCAUGAGGAGGCGAAUAAUGGGAACCCUGGAAGUAUACAGGCGAUCCAAAGUGCGCACUCAGGGUCAAACAGCCCGUAGAGAAUACAAACAGUGAAAUGACGAUAAUGACGGUGAUGAUAAAUCAUGGCAUCGACACAAACGUGCGUGCCAGACCGGAGAACUUGCUGUUCUGCCCAAGUUAGUUGCCAACAACAAAACACAGCCUCUCAGCUGGACCGCGCAGCUGUCCAGACCCGUUGGCUCCUUCACUUUCACCACGGAUCACGUGGCGGUGUAGCCGGACUUGGCGCCCGAGUUAGCAGGUUGGCGAUGAAAGGCCUCUCUCACUGCUGCUCUCAACUCUGCCACUCCUCCUGUCCACCUUCACGUCUCGCACCCCUAUCCACCAUCGAGUGGCAUUCCCAGAGGCUUAUUCCGCUGUUACCCCUGCGUGCAGCUGCCUCCCCACGCUUUAUUCCCCUCCACCGCCCGCAAACACGUCGUUGCACACGCAGCAGCCGCCGUCGCCGGUUGUCGUUGGGCUUCGUCCGCCAUUCACGCACGCCCUGUAAGUCAACUAGCCCCGGAUUUUGCGUGCCUCCCGCCACCACCUCACCCACUGCUCCAUCACUGCCUCGCUUCUACUUAAGGACCAAGAAGAACACCACUCUUUGCCUCCUUUUCCUCCUCUCCUCUCUCGAUUCUACUCUCUCUUCGCUCCCCUGUCCGCUACUCGCUAGCGCAGCCGGCUGACACACCGCCUCGUUGGCAAAGUCCCCGCCUCGUCACUGACCGGCAUUUCCCAGCCUGAACACCACCGCAUAACCUCCCGACCGACGACUCCUCUACAACUCCGACAGGAACGACGACAGGCCAACCUCCUCAAGGUUGAACCUCAGCAAACAUGACCACAAUGGUAUGCGGUUCCCACACUCAGCUGUCGUGGCACUGCGUCGAACGCGAUGCAAUUUGAGCAGGGCUGACUCUCUCUUAGGAUCUCCGUGUCGGCAACAAAUACCGUAUUGGAAGAAAGAUUGGUAGUGGCAGUUUCGGUGAUAUCUACCUUGGUGCGUAUUCCCGAAAUGCUUGUCA